CGAGCGGGGAGAAGAGCCGUGAUGAAGAACCAAGGCGGGGAGACCAAAGCUGCCCCGCGCGGCGCCGGCUCCUCCAAAAUGAGCAGCAGCAGCAGCCUGGGGCUGGAGGAGGGCGACGUCCCCGAGGCGGCCGCAGCCCUCGCAGCUCCUGUCCCCCAGGAGGACGCCAGGUCCUCCCGGCCUGCCGUGCGUGACGUCUCGGAGGAGCUAAGCAGGCAGCUCGAGGACAUCUUGAACACAUACUGCGUGGACAGCAGCCAGGAGGGGCCGGGCGAGGACGGUGGGCAGAGCGAGCCCGCGGAGCCCGAGGAGGCGGAGAAGAGUCGCAGCGAGUCACCCAGGAACGGCGAGCAGGACCCGGGCGGCCCCGAGAUGAACGGGGAGAAGGAGAGCUCCAAAGGGAGCGAAGAGUUUCGACCCGGCGAGGAGUAUGGCGAGCGGGAUCAGAAGAGAGCUCAGGAAAAGAAGAAAGCCAAAGGCCUUGGCAAAGAAAUCACUUUGCUCAUGCAGACGCUGAACACCCUGAGCACGCCAGAGGAGAAGCUGGCAGCGCUGUGCAAGAAAUACGCUGAGCUGCUGGAAGAGCAUCGAAACUCGCAGAAACAGAUGAAGAUCUUGCAGAAGAAGCAGACACAGCUGGUGCAGGAGAAGGACCACCUGCAGAGCGAGCACAGCAAGGCCAUCCUGGCCCGCAGCAAGCUGGAGAGCCUGUGCCGGGAGCUCCAGAGGCACAACCGCACCCUCAAGGAAGAAGGUGUCCAGCGCGCACGGGAGGAAGAGGAGAAGCGGAAAGAGGUGACAUCCCACUUCCAGGUGACCCUCAAUGACAUCCAGCUCCAGAUGGAGCAGCACAACGAGAGGAACUCCAAGCUGCGCCAGGAGAACAUGGAGCUGGCGGAGCGGCUCAAGAAGCUCAUCGAGCAGUACGAGCUGCGGGAGGAGCACAUCGAUAAGGUGUUCAAACACAAGGACCUGCAGCAGCAGCUGGUGGAUGCCAAGCUCCAGCAGGCGCAGGAAAUGCUGAAGGAGGCAGAGGAGAGGCACCAGCGGGAGAAGGACUUUCUGCUGAAGGAAGCCGUGGAGUCGCAGAGAAUGUGUGAGCUGAUGAAGCAGCAGGAGACCCAUCUCAAGCAGCAGCUGGCUCUCUACACAGAGAAGUUUGAAGAAUUCCAGAACACCCUUUCCAAAAGCAGUGAAGUGUUCACGACGUUUAAGCAGGAGAUGGAGAAGAUGACAAAGAAAAUCAAGAAGUUAGAGAAAGAGACCACUAUGUACCGCUCUCGCUGGGAGAGCAGCAACAAGGCUCUCUUGGAAAUGGCUGAAGAGAAAACCCUUCGGGAUAAGGAAUUAGAGGGACUGCAGGUGAAAAUCCAGCGCCUGGAGAAACUGUGCCGAGCCCUCCAAAGCGAGCGCAACGACCUCAAUAAGAAGGUGCAGGACCUGUGUGCCCACGCGCCGCGGGCCGACGCGGAGCUGUCGGACGCCUCGAAGGACCCACCACGGGACAGCUCGGAGGUCCCGGUGGAGCAGCGCCUGGCCCACGACUGCCUGCACUCAGGAAAGCCGCCCCGGAGCACAGAGCCUGCGGAGAACCUGGGAGAACUCCCUGGAGCCCCGGGGCAGAGGGAGACUGAGGAGCGCGCCCAGGGCGCCGACUGACCCGCCGGGCCGUAGCCAGAGGCUGUGGCUCCCCUAAAACCCAGCACAGCCCAGGAAAGCGGGUGUGUGGAAGUGCCCGGCCCUCCUGCAGCCUGGGGCACUGGGACAGCUGGAUGUGUCACCUCCUGCACCUGCAGCUCUGCUCUCAAGGCGAGUUAAAGACUGAGCAGCAGGGAGCUGACGCGCUGCCCGGUACGGGCUGCUCCCUCCGUCCUCGGCCUCAGGCGGGAGGGAGCUCCUGGACUUGCUCUCAUUUUUCUUUUAAUGUCCUGACUGGCAGCUCGCUCUCAUGUGGGAGCUGAGCGCGAGAGGGAGAAGAGACUGGCACUGUUGUCAGGGGGUUGUGUAUGGAAAGGGAACAAGAGCGGCAGAGAAGCGGCGGGGGCCUCUGCCAGGCCCCGAACCUGCCCGUGUCUCAGUAGCCUUAUGAUUCACAGUUGCCUCUUUGCUAUACGCACAUGUGCACAAGUGUAUUAAACAGUUAAUCCAAAGGUCUACGUGCUGAGUGUUUUGCAGGAGCGCAAAAAGGGCCACGUGCGCACGGAGGCCCUGGGGGCCCUCACUGCAAUGGGCUGGAGCAGUUCUGGUGCAAGGAGCUUCUUCAGAGUCCCCGCAAGAAAGAGCUUCAGGUCUCACAGGUCACUUAUAAAUGGACUCCAGGGGGAAGGUGGCACCUUUAAGCACCUGUAAUUUCUCAUCUUCCCCCGCAGUGGCAGCUGGAGCUCUGACUACAGCAAGAAAAACAGUGUUUGUAGUGCUCAGGACUAAGCACCGUUGUUAAUAAAUCGCUCCCGUCAAAUACAAGCAGGAGGAACCUUCUCCUGGGAGUUUCCCAGACAACAAACACAGAAACAACUGUUGGGAGUAAAAAAAUAUGUUUUUUCC